CUCUUAUUUUUCAUUACAGAGUCAACUGUUCAUUUUAUUUCAAAAUUGGAGCAUGUCGUCAUGGAGACAGAUGCUCUCGGUUGCACAAUAAACCAACCUUUAGCCAGACCAUCUUGAUUCAAAACAUCUAUCGUAAUCCCCAAAACAGUGCACAGACGGCUGACGGCUCACACUACCAUUGCCCUCUUGAACAUUUACCGUAACCCUCAAAACUCUUCCCAGUCUGCUGACGGUUUGCGCUGUGCCGUGAGCGAUGUCGAGAUGCAGGAACACUAUGAUGAGUUUUUUGAGGAGGUUUUCACAGAAAUGGAGGAGAAGUACGGCGAGGUGGAAGAGAUGAAUGUCUGUGAUAACCUUGGAGAUCACCUCGUGGGAAACGUGUAUGUGAAGUUUCGCCGUGAAGAAGAUGCGGAGAAAGCUGUGAUUGAUUUGAACAACCGCUGGUUCAACGGGCAGCCCAUCCACGCUGAGCUUUCCCCCGUGACCGACUUCCGGGAAGCCUGUUGCCGCCAAUAUGAAAUGGGAGAGUGUACACGAGGCGGCUUCUGCAACUUCAUGCAUCUGAAGCCCAUUUCCAGAGAGCUGCGGCGAGAGCUGUAUGGGCGCCGGCGCAAGAAGCAUCGAUCGAGGUCCCGGUCCCGGGAGCGUCGCUCUCGGUCUAGAGACCGUGGUCGUGGCGGUGGCGGAGGUGGUGGCGGAGGCGGUGGGGGACGCGAGCGUGACAGGAGGCGGUCAAGAGAUCGUGAGAGAUCUGGGCGAUUCUGAGCCAGGCCAUUUUUACCGUAUGUCUGCUAGAAAGUGUUGUAGUUGAUUGACCAAACCAGUUCAUAAUGGGAAUUUUUUUAAAAAACAAUUUAAAAAAACAAAGAUGGGUUUCUGAAUAAAAUUUGUAGUGAUAACAGUA